GCAGCUCUACGGCGCACCGCUGCGCUCAAACCUCCUGCAACAAAAGCACAACACGCGCUCAUCUGCGCUGUCAGUGUGCGCUCGGAUCACAACACAACUUAACCCUCUACACGACGACACCAGCUAACCCUGACUGGAAUCAGACAGACACUGAAACACAUCCGAGUCUUACAGACAGCGCGUUUAUCUGUGUUUGGAUGAAUCGCAGUAUCAUUUUUUAAUCUCGAGACCAGCGCGCGGAGCAGGAAUGUCCCGGAGGAAACAGAGCAACCCAAAGCAAUUCAAACGAAUGUUUGAAAAUGGGCUUGAGACAGACUCUGAGGAGAUGGUCUGUGAGAAGAAGGAAAUAUUGAAAGAAGACAGGUCUGUGGAGGACGACCCACUUUACUUCUCUGACCCAGAGAACGUCAUCUCUAAAGACGGAGAUCACUUGAAAAAUGGUGAAUUGUGUGCAAGUUUAAAGGUGGAACAACAAGACAGUGAUGGACAAGAGGAGAGGGUCCAGCCCAGCCCACUGACAGCAGAGGAAUGGGACGGUCCAAGGGAGCUGAAAAUGGUUGGUGAAGGAGGGGAGAGAAGGAUAUUUUCUUGUCAGGCACUUCUACUGGGCACCACGUGGGGUCCUUUCCCUGGGAAGAUUGAGGUGGCCACAGGAGGAAGUGACAAGGUUUCGCUGAUGCUGAGUGGAGGUCCUCGCUGGCUGAUGGACAUGAUGUGGGUCAGUGCAGAGGAUGGAAAGAGCAACUGUGCUGUUUACAGUAGAGGAGGACAUGUAUGGUGUUCCACAACAAAAAACAUAAUGGAAGGAGACGAACUUGCAGCCUGUGUGGUGGAUUUGCACGCGCAUCUUCAAACACCAGCUCAAACUCCCUACGGUCAAGGGAUGUACCCGGCCCGACAGCUGGACAGCAUCCAACUCCUUCCUCAGCAAGCCGCCAUGGCAUCCAUACUGCCCGGCGCUAUCAUAAACAAAGACAUCUUCCCCUGUAAGGCAUGUGGCAUCUGGUUUCGGAGUGAAAGAAACCUCCAGGCCCACCUUAUGUAUUACUGCAGUGGGCGACAAAGGGACCCUGAGAUCGUGGCAGAGAAAAACGCCAAUAUCAGCCAUCAAAUGCUCCGCAAUUGCACAUACCCACAAUGCAAUAUGAGCUUUGCAGGCUCACAUGCCCUGGAAAUGCACUUAUCAACACAUAACUCUCUCAAGUCAGAUGAGAUAUCAACUGGAAGCAACUUGAAAUGCACAAUUUGUGACUACACUGCUGAAACUCUUAUGGUACUCCAACACCACAUCCUCUCCCAUCUGUCCCAAACCGGCCUGAGAUGUGGUCACUGCCACUUCACUUUCCAAACCCCCAGAGAACUGGCUAAACAUCAGGAACUACAUGGACAUAGCUGUACGGUCAACAAACUCAUCAAAGAAGACAAAGCUGAUAACUCUCCUAGCAGCACUGCAGGCAGCCCUCAUCAAGUCAGAGCUAAUGCAAACAUAAAAGACCUUCAGGAAAGAACAGUAAAGCAUGAUAUAAGUCAAAUUUCAGAGCUGGAAAGCAUAGAAAGUAGCCAGACAUCCACUAAGGGUGAGGGGAACUCAGGAAACAAGGGUAGUGUUUCAUAUUCCAGAGUAAAGUCAGAACCUUCUAGUCCACGAUUAGCCUCCUCACCCAUUCAGCACCACCUCCCUCCUGCCUUUCCCAUGCCCCCUUUCAUACCACAUGUCCCAUUCUCACAGGAUAUUACGGUGGGCCCACAGGCAUCUGAGAUACUGGCCAAAAUGUCAGAGCUAGUCCAUCGAAGGUUACGUCAUGGGGGAAACUCUUACCCUCCAGUCAUGUACAGCACACUUGUGCCAAAAGGAGCAACAUGCUUCGAAUGCAAUAUCACCUUCAACAACCUUGAUAAUUAUUUGGUACACAAGAAGCACUACUGCAACACUCGCUGGGAAAACACACACAAGCCGCAUGACUUCCCUGGACUUUUGGAUAAACCAGCAGGCACUGUAAGCCCUAAAAUCGGAGCCAGUUUGGCUGUUAUGUUAAAUGCCGGCCAUCCCUCUGAAGUAAAAGGGCCUGAGUCUAACCCUUGCAAUCCCAUUGCAGGUGGAAAAGUGACAGAUGAACUGUCUGUGCAAGUUAAAAAAGCGUCAACUCCAUCGGGUGCACAGGAGAGGCCAAACGGUACACAGCUGGAUUUACAAAGCCAGAAAUUGCCGCCAACUGAAACUGACCCCAACCACACAACAUGUGAAGCCUGCAAAAUAACCUUUAGUCGACAUGAGACCUACAUGGUGCACAAGCAGUAUUACUGUGCCACUCGCCAUGAUCCUCAUGUGAAACGUGCAAACAAUAAAGGAGUAGCCAAUCAGAAGUCAGUACGUCCACGUAAAAGAAGAAAGGCUUAUGAGCUGGCCGCUCCUGAACAAGAACAAAUGCCACCCAUGGGUAUACCAUCAUUUCUUGGAAUGCCCACUAUUGGAGGUCCAUACUUAUCAAAGGACACAUUGGAUAGCUUUAGGGACCAUCAGAGAUACAACAUGAUCCAGGGGUUAGUACCCAAAUAUCCAGAGGCUUCACUGACAGUUACAAAAUCAGCUAUUGUGUCAAAAUGUAAUGCAAUCUCUAAGGAAGAAGGUGAUGCACCAAUAGAUCUCAGUAAAAAAUGCAUGCCACAGUUUGGCAACACUUCGCUUUCCCCUAAAGGACUUAUGGAUUACCAUGAGUGUGUCGUGUGCAAGAUAAGCUUUAACAAAGUUGAGGACUAUCUUAAGCACAAACAGAACUUCUGCCCAGGUACUAUUUUGCAAAACGCUUCCACUGAGAACAAAAGCUUCAAAAAAGAAGGUCCAAGAAAUACCAACAAUCUCUUAGAGAACACCCUUUUUGAGCUCCCAGCUCUGCAUGGGAAGACUGAGCAUCCAAAUGCAGCAACAAGUUCUGACAUCCAAGCUUCCAGUGAGGAACAACUAAUGCCAGUCAAAGAUGACCUGAGGAGUGUGUUUCAACCCACUGGGGGUUACUCAAGUCCUGCUAAGAAAAUGAGACCUGAUGAGCAAAUUUGGCCUUACUAUGAAAUCAAACCCACUGAUUAUGCUACAGGGAUGUUGGUCUCACAAAGUGAACGGAGGCAGAGUCCAAAUGAGGGCAGUGAAGGAGAGAAAGACCAGCCGAUGCCUGAUGGUAGCCAUCUUAGCACAGAUGACCCUGAGAGCCAGAACAAGUCCUCAUCCUUAGAGGACAGUCUUAAACUUGAGGACAAGAUGGAAGAUGCUGGAACUAAACAACAUGGUUCCGCUACACCAGACAGCCAUGUAGACAGUUCAAACAGCUAUAAGGAAAGCACAAUGCUGAUGCCAUCUCCAAAGACUGAGGAAGUCUCGACAAGCUUCAAGAGAAUGUUGAGUGGGUCAACUGCCAGUAAUGUAAAGUACUGCCGCCCAUGUGACAUCCAGUUCAACAACCUCUCAAACUUUAUAACACACAAGAAGUUUUACUGCUCGUCACACACAGCGGAGCAUGUUAAAUAGUGAACCUGUCAAUUGUCUUAAAUCUAGUUCACAGUAGUAAAAAAGGUAGUGCUGUUAAUGAGCGCUGCCUCUUGAAUUCACAUGGGCCCCAACCCCCAGGCACUUAAGCAGUGUAAAGACAUGUUUAGUCCCUCCAGGGCCCAGGACAACAUUCCCAGUUGUAGCCACUUGACAUCGGCCCUGCUGUUUUGAAUCUGACACCAUUUGCUUGCAGUGGACACUUGCUUGGCUAUUAUUUGUGAAGACUAAAAGUGACAAUAUGCCCCCUCCUUUUUAAAGUGGACACAAGCCUUGAAUCAGUCAUAUUAGAUGUUUCACAAGCACUGUUUUUUCCCCUUGUAGUCAACAACAUGAGACAUUUUACAAUUCCAUGCUGGUGUACUCAUCAGCAGGAGGACAAUCAAAUCAGGAGAUUUAUCCUACCAGUCAUUUAUUAGAAACUUUUAAAAUAUUUGUUGGGAAUAUUCUGUGUUGAUAGUUUUGUGUGUGUGUUUUUUAUGUAUUUAUUUAUUUAAUAAUAGUUGCAGCUCUAAAAAGAUGCAGAUCUGAAAUGAAAAACAAGUUUAUGAAAGUUUUAGAAUUACAAAAAGCCACAUGAUUUGUAGAAAUUGAUUAAAAAGAAAAAUAUACAGAUGGUGGAGCAACCUCUGAAUGACUGUCAGCAUAUCCUUAAAUACUUGCAAUCAAGUUUUCUGAAUUAAUAAUUGUCAAUACAUGUAGAGUCUAGUUUGUCCUUGAUGUUUCUUUAUGCUUCAAAAUGUUUUUCUUGUCAAUGCAGAACUCUUCUUAAAAAGGUGACCUGUAUGUGUGUUUGAUUCAUUAUCUCUUUUUUAAAUAUUUGGCUUCUAAUGCAAUACUUUUUAAAAGAUGAAACAUUAUUUAAAGCAGUAUUAUGAAAGGGUAACUUUUUUACUUUGACCCCAGAAAAUGUCUGUGUGAAGUGUUUACUGAAGUCUACCUGGAGAAGGGUUUACACUUGGUAUGGAUGACUCACUGUAAUCUUUCCUACAGAAAAACUAAAUAAUCUCAUGAAAAAAAAAAAAAAAAAAAAAGUGUCAAAAAUGUGUUGCUAUGCAUGUACCUGUAUGGAAUGAAAUUCCAGAAAUGUGGGAAAUGUUAUUUUAUGUGGCAUAAAAAUUAAAAUUUUUAUCUCAGGACAGCAGUGUCAAUGAA